CCGCGGGGCCCCGCCCGCCGCCGCCAUCUUUGUUGAUGUGUCAGCGCGCCGGGCCGGGCGGCCGGCGGGGAGCGGGACUGCGCUGCGCUCGCCAUGGCCGCGCUGCCGCCGCUCCUGCCGCCCGAAUAGCGACCGGAUUUCCAAAGGAAGAUUAUGGAGGAACAUUUACCAGAAAUGCAGAGCACAUUGGAGCCAGUCAAUCUGUCAGAUGAUGCCUCUUUCAAGUCCCCAGAUAAUGAGAAGGCUGAUAAAACACCUGGAAUGGAGGAAUGCCCAAGCAUCAGUUGCACUGGAGGUGAUGCUGGUGUCUUGGGGAGGGAAUUGAGUUCCUUGCCCUCGGAUCAGGAUGCAGCAGCUGUUGGCACCAGCAGCAGUGGGGCUCCAGCAGAAGAACAGCAGCAGUGUGGAGGAGCAGACUCCUCUGUCAGUGCCUACUGUGAAAGAAAGGCAGAAGGCUCCACAAAACCACAGCAUCUACCUAGUGAAGAACCUGAACAACCUGAUCCAAAAAGUAACCAGACAGAACAAUCGUUAAUGGAAAUACUACAGGGUCUAAGGGAGGAGUCUGACUUUGUGAAAAAAUCAAGUGAUAAAAUCUAUUCAGAAAGCCCUUAUGACACAGAUUGCACAAAGAAACUUAUUUCCACAAUACAUCAGGCUUCCUCACAGGAGGAUUUGCUGAAGGAAAUAGAAUCUGAACUGUUAUCCACAGAUUUUUCAAAAGAACCAAAGCUCCCUAACGGUGUGCAGAAGGGUGAACAUGCCUUGGCUGUGUUUGAAAAAUGUGUUCAAGAUAAAUACCUACAGCAAGAACAAACUAUUACAAAAUUGAUUAAAGAAAAUAAAAAGCAUCAGGAACUGAUUUUGGAAAUUUGCUCAGAAAAGGACAACUUAAAAGAUGAAUUGAAAAAACGAACAGAAACAGAAAAGCAGCACCUCAGCAUUAUUAAACAGCUGGAAGCAAGAAUAGAAGAGCUUAAUAAAGAAGUGAAAGCUAGCAAAGACAGACUUGUAACUCAAGAUGCAGCAGCCAAAAAUACUAUUCAGCAGUUGCAUAAAGAGAUGGCCAUUCGAAUGGAACAGGCAAACAAGAAGUGUGAGGAAGCUCGGCACGAGAAGGAGACGAUGGUGAUGAAAUACGUCCGUGGGGAGAAGGAGUCGCUUGACCUCCGAAAGGAAAAGGAGGGCCUGGAGAGAAGACUGAGAGAUGCAAACAAAGAAAUAGAAAAGCUUACAAAUAAAAUCAAACAGCUUUCGCAGGAAAAAGGAAGAUUGCACCAGCUCUAUGAAACAAAGGAUGGUGAAGCCACUCGACUCAACAGAGAAAUAGAAAAAUUGAAAGAAGAAAUCAAUUCUCAUGUUAUCAAAGUAAAAUGGGCUCAGAACAAAUUGAAAACAGAAAUGGAUUCACACAAGGAAACCAAAGAACGCCUCAAAGAUGCAAUGGCAAAAUUAACUGAAGCAAAAGAAGAAGGAGAUCAGAUAAGGAAAAACUGUCAAGAAAUGAUUAAAUCAUAUCAAGAGUCAGAAGAAAUCAAAUCAAAUGAAUUGGAUGCAAAAUUCCGAGUAACUAAAGGAGAACUAGAGAAACAAAUUCAGGAGAAGUCUGAUAACCUGGAGGUGCAUCAUGCAAAAAUAAAAGAAGUGGAAGACUUGAAGAGAACAUUUAAGGAAGGCAUGGAUGAGCUUCGAACACUGAGAACAAAGGUAAAGUGUCUAGAGGAUGAGCGCUUAAGAACAGAAGAUGAGUUAUCCAAGUAUAAAGAAAUAAUAAAUAGACAGAAAAGUGAAAUUCAGAAUUUGCUGGACAGAGUCAAAACUGUAGAUCAGCUGCAGGAUCAGCAUCAGAGAGAUGAACAGGAAAUCAGUGCUUUAAAGGAAGAAAUAGAUGGUUUCAAUUCUCUGGUUGCUGAUCUUCAGAAGGACAUUGAAGGUAGUCGGAAAAGAGAAUCUGAGCUAUUGGUAUUCACUGAGAAAUUAACCAGUAAGAAUGCACAGCUUCAGUCUGAAAACAAUUCCUUACAGAGCCAGUUGGAUAAGCUUUCUUACAGUGAAAGAGAGCUGCAGAAUCAGCUGGAGUGUGCUCAACAGACUAAAGAUGAUCUGGCCACCAAGUUACAGAAGGAGGAGGAUCAGAGAAGGUCAGAGGUUGAGGCCCUGCAGGCUCAACUGGCCUCAGAGCAAGAAGAAGUGUCAGCCCUGAAGACCCACGUGGAUGAGCUGAAGGAUGACCUCGCUACCCAGAAGCGCAAGCACGCAGCAAACCUGAAGGACCUCACAAAACAACUUCAGCUAGCACGGAGGAAAUUGGAUCAGAUGGAAAAUGGUAAUUAUGACAAAGAAGUCAGCAGCAUGGGGAGCCGUUCCAGUUCAUCAGGGUCCCUGAACGCGCGCAGCAGCACCGAGGAUCGCUCCCCUGAGAACACUGGCUCUGCAGUGGCUGUGGACAGCUUCCCCGAGGUGGACAAGGCUGUCUUGGUUGAAAGAAUACUAAGGCUGCAGAAGGCACAUGCUCGAAAAAAUGAGAAGAUGGAGUUUAUGGAGGAUCACAUCAAACAGCUGGUGGAGGAAAUCAGGAAAAAAACCAAAAUUAUUCAGAGUUACAUUUUGCGGGAAGAAGCUGGAACAUUGUCAUCAGAGGCCUCUGACUUCAACAAAGUACACUUGAGCAGGCGUGGGGGGAUCAUGGCAUCUCUGUAUACAUCUCACCCUGCAGACAGUGGGCUUACCUUGGAACUCUCCUUGGAGAUAAACAGGAAGCUUCAGGCUGUGUUAGAAGAUACAUUACUGAAGAAUAUUACAUUGAAAGAGAACCUGCAGACUCUAGGAACAGAAAUAGAACGGCUUAUUAAACACAAGCAUGAACUGGAACAGAGAAUAAAGCAGACAUAACUAAAACUUCUGGGGACUAAGCAACCUGAAGAUGCAGAAAAGGCAGGUGUUGCAGACCACUGUUUUACAUUCUGCCUGCCAGCACAAGCAUCUGGGUUUUUGCAGAAGAAGCCUUUGGCCACACAGGCUCACUCGUGUGAGAGAUCAACAGGGUUUGGCAUCUGUGUGGUUCUGUCUACCCAGGACCAGCCUGAGGCACUGCUGAAAUUCACUGCACACUACAUUUAUCUGAAGCUUCUAUUUGAAAUACAGAUGCUUUGCAGUGCAGACUGUUUGGAGUGAGUUGUCAUGAGAUUUUAAUUUCUGCACUGUGUAAUUUAUCAGUCUCUUAAUGAUGGAGCUUGAAAAAAAAUAAAGCCAAUUCUGUCUUA